AAUCAAACACUUGUGUUUAGCUAAAAUUGUGGAUUCGAUGAACAUGGCAACUUUCGCGGGAAACAUCGGCUUCAAAAUCUCGUGCCAGCUUCCAUUUCGCGUUUUCUCAAUUCGUCAGACCCUUUGGAAGUGUCACAUUGUGUGCUUGAAGAGCAGGGACUUUAAUUCAUCUGAAACUUCUCUGCCAGGGAAGAACCUGAAAAAUUUUAGCUGUUCUAGCCAUCCUGAUGCAAGUGUGCCAAAGAAUUUAAAUGGGGGAAAUGGUGUGCAUGGAAGGGUUAUGCGGAGCGAAAAUUUUCGCAAUCCGAAUGAAAUUCACAAUAGCUUACCUGUUUAUAACUUUGAAGAUGGUUGUGAACAAAUGGAAGAGGCUGCGGAGGCUGUUGAAGAGUUAUCAGUCCAUCAAGCAGGAGACCUUUGUGAACAAGAUUCAAUGCAAAUUGACAAAUUUACCAAUGAUGCUGAGGAAUCAGCUAUUAAAUUUCUUGCAUCUAGGGCACUCACAGCAGUCGAGUUGCGAAAGAAGUUGCUUGGGAAAAGAUUCUCUCCUAAUUUAGUGGAGGAAGUGAUAAACAAGUUUCAGAGGAGAGGAUUGAUCAAUGAUAGGCUGUAUGCUGAAUCAUUAGCUCAAUCUAGAUGGUCUUCAUCAACUUGGGGGCCGAGGCGGAUCAAACAAGUACUUUUCAAGAAGGGAGUAAGUCAAGCAGAUGCUGAGAAUGCAGUUGAAGUUGUUUUUAAGGGCAAUGAUUAUGAGGAAGAUCAGAAGCCAAUUAUUGGCUUGUCAAAGCAAUCCAUGGAUCAUCUUUAUGCUCAGGCCUCAAAGCAAUGGUCACGUGGUCAGAACAUAUCCAUAGAGACAAGGAAGUCAAGGAUCAUAAGGUGGCUCCAAUACCGUGGCUUUGGCUGGAAUGUCAUUAACUUCAUAUUGAAGAAACUAGAAAGACAAAAGCAGGAUCCUCCAUGGUGAUCACACAAAUGGGACAUUAUCCAAAACUCAGACCAAUCUUAGAAAUUCCACUGACAGUAGGGUCCAGAAGUGUUUGCUGAAAUGCAUACAUAGUAAUAUGGUGGUAGGGAUAGAGCCACCAUUGACUCUCAUAGUGCCAUGGCAACAACAACAAAAAGUAGUAAUUUCAUAGCCCCUCAUCAACUUGCUCAAAGACUUCACUUGUCUGAGUACAUUGAAGCUGCUUGUUUUGACAGAGGCUUGUGAUAAAGCAGCAAAUAAAAGCACCACUAAGGAGAAGUGUUUGCUUUGUGGAGUCAAUUCUCAAAUGCAUGCCCUAUCAUUAUUGGAGCUGUGGUGUUGAAGUGAUCUGGAAUCAUCUGCCACAUGCUUGUUUCCAUGGUUUGCUUAAAAAGAUAAAUUAUCAAACAUUGCUUUCAAAUUACAGCUAUAUUCACUGCUAAUUAUAUAAUGACAUCUGUUGAAUUAUUUACAUAA